AUGGCUUUGCGCACUGCGGCGGGGCUGCGCCGCAACCGAGCUUGGCCCUUUCGGCUUCAGACACGCCUCAGCGCCAGCAGCGAGUCGGAGCUCUAUGGAGGUGGCGGCGAGUAUCGGGUGGUGGCUGCAGCAGCGACUCUUCUGAGCUGUUUCAAGCCGGUUCCGACUCCUUCCUCCCCCUUCCCUCCCCCUUUUUUGUUUUCCGUUCCCCUUCCCCCCUCCCUUCCCCGUCCCCGACGACCGGAUCCUGAGGAGGCAGCUGCGGUGGCAGCUGCUGAGUUCUCGGUGAAGGAGGAAGUCGGCAGCCUUGGUGGUCUACGGCUGUCUUCGUGGCUGUUGGCGGCCGUCCUCCGCGGGGCCCGGGCCGGGACGGGCCAAGGUUUUUCAUUUCUCCCAUCCUCUUCCCUCCCCACCCCAUCCAUUAAUAUUAUUCUUUUGAAGAUUCUUCGUUGUCAAGCCGCCAAAGUGGAGAGUGCGAUCGCAGAAGGGGGUGCUUCUCGUUUCAGUGCUUCUUCGGGCGGAGGAGGAAGUAGGGGUGCACCUCAGCACUAUCCCAAGACUGCUGGCAACAGCGAGUUCCUGGGGAAAACCCCAGGGCAAAACGCUCAGAAAUGGAUUCCUGCACGAAGCACUAGACGAGAUGACAACUCCGCAGCAAACAACUCCGCAAAUGAAAAAGAACGACAUGAUGCAAUCUUCAGGAAAGUAAGAGGCAUAUUAAAUAAGCUUACUCCUGAGAAGUUUGACAAGCUAUGCCUUGAGCUCCUCAAUGUGGGUGUAGAGUCUAAACUCAUCCUUAAAGGGGUCAUACUGCUGAUUGUGGACAAAGCCCUAGAAGAGCCAAAGUAUAGCUCACUGUAUGCUCAGCUAUGUCUGCGAUUGGCAGAAGAUGCACCAAACUUUGAUGGCCCAGCAGCAGAGGGUCAACCAGGACAGAAGCAAAGCACAACAUUCAGACGCCUCCUAAUUUCCAAAUUACAAGAUGAAUUUGAAAACCGAACCAGAAAUGUUGAUGUCUAUGAUAAGCGUGAAAAUCCCCUCCUCCCUGAGGAGGAGGAACAGAGAGCUAUUGCCAAGAUCAAGAUGUUGGGGAACAUCAAAUUCAUUGGAGAACUUGGAAAGCUUGAUCUUAUUCAUGAAUCUAUCCUUCAUAAGUGCAUCAAAACACUUUUGGAAAAAAAGAAGAGAGUCCAACUCAAAGAUAUGGGAGAGGAUUUGGAGUGCCUCUGUCAGAUAAUGAGGACAGUGGGACCUAGGUUAGACCAUGAACGAGCCAAGUCCUUAAUGGAUCAGUACUUUGCCCGAAUGUGCUCCUUGAUGUUAAGUAAGGAAUUGCCGGCGAGGAUUCGUUUCCUGCUGCAGGAUACCGUAGAGUUGCGAGAACACCAUUGGGUUCCUCGCAAAGCUUUUCUUGACAAUGGACCAAAGACGAUCAAUCAAAUCCGUCAAGAUGCAGUAAAAGAUCUAGGAGUGUUUAUUCCUGCUCCUAUGGCUCAAGGGAUGAGAAGUGACUUCUUUCUGGAGGGACCGUUUAUGCCACCCAGGAUGAAAAUGGAUAGGGACCCACUUGGAGGACUUGCUGAUAUGUUUGGACAAAUGCCAGGAAGCGGAAUUGGUACUGGUCCAGGAGUUAUCCAGGAUAGAUUUUCGCCCACCAUGGGGCGCCAUCGUUCAAAUCAGCUCUUCAAUGGCCAUGGGGGACACAUCAUGCCUCCCACACAGUCGCAGUUUGGGGAGAUGGGAGGCAAGUUUAUGAAAAGCCAGGGGCUAAGCCAGCUCUACCAUAACCAGAGUCAGGGACUCUUAUCCCAGCUGCAAGGACAGUCGAAGGAUAUGCCACCUCGGUUUUCUAAGAAAGGACAGCUUAAUGCAGAUGAGAUUAGCUUGAGGCCUGCUCAGUCUUUCCUAAUGAAUAAAAAUCAAGUGCCAAAGCUUCAGCCCCAGAUAACUAUGAUUCCUCCUAGUGCACAACCACCACGCACUCAAACGCCACCUCUGGGACAGACACCUCAGCUUGGUCUCAAAACUAAUCCACCACUUAUCCAGGAAAAGCCUGCCAAGACCAGUAAAAAGCCACCACCAUCAAAGGAAGAACUGCUUAAACUAACCGAAACUGUUGUAACUGAAUACCUGAAUAGUGGAAAUGCAAAUGAAGCUGUCAAUGGUGUAAGAGAGAUGAGAGCUCCUAAACACUUCCUUCCUGAGAUGUUAAGCAAAGUAAUCAUCCUGUCACUGGACAGAAGUGAUGAAGAUAAAGAAAAAGCAAGUUCUUUGAUCAGUUUACUCAAACAGGAAGGGAUAGCCACAAGUGACAACUUCAUGCAGGCUUUCCUGAAUGUAUUGGACCAGUGCCCCAAACUGGAGGUUGACAUCCCCUUGGUGAAAUCAUAUUUAGCACAGUUUGCAGCUCGUGCUAUCAUUUCGGAGCUGGUGAGCAUUUCAGAACUAGCUCAACCACUGGAAAGUGGCACCCAUUUUCCUCUCUUCUUACUUUGUCUUCAGCAAUUAGCUAAAUUACAAGAUCGAGAAUGGUUAACAGAGCUUUUCCAACAAAGCAAGGUCAAUAUGCAGAAAAUGCUCCCAGAAAUUGAUCAAAAUAAGGACCGCAUGUUGGAGAUCUUGGAAGGAAAGGGACUGAGUUUCUUAUUCCCACUUCUCAAAUUGGAGAAGGAACUGUUAAAGCAAAUAAAGUUGGAUCCAUCCCCUCAAACCAUAUAUAAAUGGAUUAAAGAUAACAUCUCUCCCAAACUUCAUGUAGAUAAAGGAUUUGUGAACAUCUUAAUGACUAGCUUCUUACAGUACAUUUCUAGUGAAGUAAACCCACCCAGUGAUGAAACAGAUUCUUCCUCUGCUCCUUCCAAAGAGCAGUUAGAGCAGGAAAAACAACUGCUUCUUUCCUUCAAGCCAGUAAUGCAGAAAUUCCUUCAUGAUCAUGUUGAUCUACAAGUUAGUGCCCUCUAUGCUCUUCAGGUGCACUGCUACAACAGCAACUUCCCAAAAGGCAUGUUACUCCGCUUUUUUGUUCACUUCUAUGACAUGGAAAUUAUUGAAGAAGAAGCUUUCUUGGCUUGGAAAGAAGAUAUAACCCAAGAGUUUCCAGGGAAAGGCAAGGCUUUGUUCCAGGUGAAUCAGUGGCUAACCUGGCUAGAAACUGCUGAAGAAGAAGAAUCAGAGGAAGAAGCUGACUAAAAGAACCAGCCAAAGCCUUAAAUUGUGCAAAACAUACUGUUGCUAUGAUGUAACUGCAUUUGACCUAACCACUGCGAAAAUUCAUUCCGCUGUAAUGUUUUCACAAUAUUUAAAAGCAGAAGCACGUCAGUUAGGAUUUCCUUCUGCAUAAGGUUUUUUUGUAGUGUAAUGUCUUAAUCAUAGUCUACCAUCAAAUAUUUUAGGAGUAUCUUUAAUGUUUAGAUAGUAUAUUAGCAGCAUGCAAUAAUUACAUCAUAAGUUCUCAAGCAGAGGCAGUCUAUUGCAAGGACCUUCUUUGCUGCCAGUUAUCAUAGGCUGUUUUAAGUUAGAAAACUGAAUAGCAACACUGAAUACUGUAGAAAUGCACUUUGCUCAGUAAUACUUGAGUUGUUGCAAUAUUUGAUUAUCCAUUUGGUUGUUACAGAAAAAUUCUUAACUGUAAUUGAUGGUUGUUGCCGUAAUAGUAUAUUGCCUGUAUUUCUACCUCUAGUAAUGGGCUUUAUGUGCUAGAUUUUAAUAUCCUUGAGCCUGGGCAAGUGCACAAGUCUUUUUAAAAGAAACAUGGUUUACUUGCACAAAACUGAUCAGUUUUGAGAGAUCGUAAAUGCCCUUGAAGUGGUCUUUGUGGGUGUGAAACAAAUGGUGAGAAUUUGAAUUGGUCCCUCUUAUUAUAGUAUUGAAAUUAAGUCUACUUAAUUUAUCAAGUCAUGUUCAUGCCCUGAUUUUAUAUACUUGUAUCUAUCAAUAAACAUUGUGAUACUUGA